ACUGUUACCAUGGUUACAUCUGUUGUUAGGCAGAUAACUGAUUUGUUGUUAGCUAGCUAGCUUUUCGGGGGCUACUGAGCGAAAUAGGAUAAUUCUGGAGAAACGGUCACUUGGAGUUCCAGUGGUGAUCUCUGGGCAGAAGGAUCAUGUCCGGAGACCUGGUUGGGGUUUGGGACGUAGCCCUGAGUGAUGGGGUUCACAGGAUUGAAUUUGAACAUGGCACAACCACAGGGAAACGGGUCAUCCAUGUUGAUGGCAAGGAGGUCCUGAGGAGAGACUGGAUGUUCAAGCUGGUUGGCAAGGAGACGUUUUACGUAGGAAGCGCAGACACAAAGGCCACCAUUAACAUUGACGCAGUGAGUGGGUUCGCCUAUGAAUACACACUGGAGAUCAACGGCAAGAGCCUGAAGAAGUACAUGGAGAACCGUUCGAAGGUUACAAGCACUUGGCUGCUCAACCUGGAUGGUGUUGACUGCAGGGUCGUCUUGGAGAAAGACACCAUGGACAUUUGGUGCAAUGGGCAGAAAAUGGAGACAGCCGGGGAGUUUGUGGAUGACGGCACAGAGACGCACUUCACUCUGGGCGACCACGACUGCUGCAUUAAGGCCGUGAGCAGCGGCAGGAGGAGAGACGGCAUCAUCCACACACUCCUGGUGGACGGCAACGAAAUGGCCGAGGCCAACGAAUGAUCGUCUGUGAAUCCUGUGAUGUAGGAAGUUGCAGUUUGAACCCUCAUGUUCUUCACUACGGUGGUUGUCCUACUGACUCAGGCCAUAUCUUUAGCUAAAGCAAUACAGGUGUAACAUUUUAGUUUAAAUUUGCCGUACCUUCCUGGCAUUAAGAAUCAGAAAUGAUAUCAAUAGAAGCAUGAAAGCACUUCCUGUUUGCUGGGAACACAGGUGUAGGGAGGUGUAGGGAAUGAGAUUUGUAUCAGAUUUAACAUUUAAAAAAAAAAAGCGACCUGUAUGUAAUUCGUCGAAGAUUUUUUUUUCAAGAAACUAAGCCAAAUUUGUUAUUGGCCAUAUUAAGUAUUAAUAAAAUGAAAGCGGGUAAAAAUGGGACGAAGAGAACAUGAGGGUUAAGCUAAUUUGACCCUUGUACUGAUUGAACAUCACAUUUCCUCGGUCAGCAUAAAAAAGGGCAAUCUCUAGCUUUCAUGUGUUUGUGCAUUUGUACAGUAGGAUGAGGUUUAGAGUUUCUCAUAGCCAAAAGUAUGUGAACGCCUGAACAUCACACCAAAAUGUGUUCUUUCCCAAAACUGUUGCACACAAUUACAUAGAAUGCCUUUGUACGCUGUAGAUUUACAGUUUCCCUUCACUGGAACUAACAGGUCCAAAUCUCUUCCAGCAUGAUAAUGAUCCUGUGCACAAACUGAGGUCCAUGAAGACAUGGUUUGUGAAGGUUGGUGUGGAAGAACUCCAGUGUCCUGAUCUGCACAGAGCCCUGAUUUCAACCAUACUUAACACCUUUAGGAUGAACUGGAACACUGACGGCACCCCAGAUCUCCUCACUAAACAUCAGUACCUGAUCUUAAUAAUGCUCUUGUAGCUGAAUGAACACAAAUCCCUACAGGCACACCCCAAAAUCUAGUGGAAAGCCUUCCCAGAAGACUGGAUGCUUUUUUUUUUUUUUUUCCACGUUCCUUGUAGGCCAAUUGGCCUGUCAGUUGACAGCCUCCCACGAGGCUGUCUGCAUCUAUCUAUCUAUCACCGGCUUGCCAGGCCUGUCACAGCUUCGCCAGACAAGCAACCAUUCACACACAUGGGCAAUUUAGAGUAGCCAGUUAACCUAACUGCAUGUCCUUGAACUAUGGGGGAAACCGGAGUACCCGGAGGAAACCCACGCAGACACGGGGAGAACAUACAAACUCCACACAGAAAGGCCCUCAUCGGCCACUGGGCUCGAACCCAGAACCUUCUUGCUGUGAGGCGACAGUGCUAACCACUGCACUGCUGUGUCACCCCGUGGAGGUCAUUAUAAUGAUUAAAUCAGAAUGGGAUGCUCAACAGGUCCAUACAGUCACUGGCCACUUUAUUAGAUACACCCAUCCACCUGCUGUUUGAUGCAGUUAUCUAAUCAGACAAUUCCUUGACAGAAGCAAAAUGCAUAAAAUCAUGCAGAUACAAAACAAGAGCUUCAGUUAAUGUUCAUUUCAAACAUCAGAAUGGGAAAAAUUGUGAUCUCAAAGUGUGACUUUACAAAUGACUGAGCCAAAUGGACUGGUUUGAGUAUUUCAGAAACUGCUGAUCUCCUGGGGUUUUCACACACAACAGUCUCUGGAGUUUACACAGAAUGGUGCGAAAAACAAAAAAAAACACUGAGUGAGGUGAGUGAGUGACAGUUCUGUGGGCAGAAACAAACGCCUUGUUGGUAAGAGAGAUCAGAAGAAAAUGGCCAGAUUGGUUCGAGCUGCCAGGAAGGAUAUAGUAACUCAUAUCAUCACUCUUUACAACCGUGGUGAGCAGAAAAGCAUCUCAGCAUGCAACAGCAGGAAAACAGGAUUCUGCUCCUGCAGCCAAGAACAGGAAUCUUAGAAUCAAGCACAAGUUCCUAUUAAAGUGGCCAGUGAGUGUAUAGGUGUGAUGGUCAGGUGUCUACAAACGUUUAUGGCACGAACUUAAAGCCAAUGCUUGAGUUGCCAAUCAUGGAACCAACUUGUAACUUUAGCAAAUCAGACCUAGUAAGUCUGCUGUUAAUGAUCAGAUUGUAUUAAAAAUGCCAAAGGAUAUUGCAUAGAUCAUGUGAUUUGUAUGAGCGUCGUCAUGAUUCCUAAAAACGUAUUGCAUUGUGUGCUCAAGUUUAUCAGCAGUGACACAAGGAAGAGAAAUCAGAGACUUUACAUAGACAAGCUGCAUGGUUGAAACAAGUUUGACACGUUUGACUUCGUUUUAAUAGUGGAGAGUUCAGGACAAUAAAAUAGAGCCUCUAUUUCCGGAUGGAUUUACCUUCAUGCAUGGUGGUAUCAGUGCUUGCAUCUUUAAAAAAACAAACUUGUUUCAGGACCUAAUAUGAAAUAAAGGUGUUUACAUAUGCUGUUAAAACAUUCCUUUCGGAGCUUUUAAAGGUCCCAGCCAUGAUCACCAUGAAUGGCAGGAACAUUCCUGUGGAAGUGCACUUGGAAGUCAGGGUCACUGUAGACAGAAAGGCCACAGAGUAUUUACAGAGUUUUUGUCCUUUCCAAAGUCAGUGUUUGGUAAUUCUUCAGGAGAAAACCUGCUUGAUGAAAGUGGGUCUUUAUGAAAAGUUUAGGGCUUGCUAAAUGCUGAGACUGUAAAAUUGUAAAGUGCCUACCUUUUCUCCACUAAAAUGAUACAACCUAGAGCCUAAAGUGUUUUAUUAGGAAUAUUUCCAAAUCCGGAAGACUGCUGGACUUCAACACGUUUCCUCAUUCCUUACAAUCAGCUGAGCCCUUCACCUUUGUGUUCUUAUAUUUCACAGUAUGUACAGUAAUGUUGUGAUUCGACAUGUGGGUCAACAAAUGACACUGUGUUUGUGUUUCAGAUUAAACCUGUCUGUAUAUCAGAUUUAAUUUAA